UCCUGUGUUUCUCCAGGAGGAGUUGAGGACAGAGUGAAGCCACAUGGAGACAUGAUGAGGCCAGCUCAGGCCCAUGAUGAGCAUCAGAAGGCAGCUCUGGCUGAGCAGCACAGAGGGGCUGAUGGGAGAGCUGCACUUUCACAGGAGGAGAGUCAGACAGAAUCACUAAAUCUGGGGGAAUAUUCUGCAGAGAGAGGAGUGAAGACUGAGGGAGGGAACUCACCUAAACUUCCCUCCUCUGGUACUGUCCCGUUCAGCACUCCUGUGUCUCCAUCUGCUGCUCCACCCACAACAGGACAUGAAGAGGACACCACCCACACCCCAUCUGCUGCUCCACCCAAAACAGGACAUGAAGAGGACACCACCCACACCCCAUCUGCUGCUCCACCCAAAACAGGACAUGAAGAGGACACCACCCACACCCCAUCUGCUGCUCCACCCAAAACAGGACAUGAAGAGGACACCACCCACACCCCAUCUGCUACCCCACCUGAGGAAGAGGACACAGGAAGAGGAAGAGGUGCAGGGUCUUCUGAUGAGGCUGGAGAUCAUGAGGAGAUCCCCUCUGAUGCUGAGGACGAUCAGCUCACCCCCAGAACUCCUGCUCCCACAGGUCCUCCCUGCACCCCUCCAUCUCCUCUCAGCCCAACAGCACAUCCAGCCCAGGAGCCUCUCUCCCCUGAGGAAGAGGAGGAGAAGGAAGGCCCCACUGGGCAGUCAGUCACAAUGCAGGGGGACAUUCUAAUGGACUCACCAAGAAAGCAAUCAGUGUCAUCAGAUAAAGAUGCAGAUUCCACCUCUGACGAUGAAGAAUAUCAUGUCGCUUCUGAAGAUCUUCCUGGCACAGAUCAUACAAACACCCCUCUAUCUUCUCUCCAUCGGAAUGAGACUUUAGGACAGAGUCAGGACCAGGAAGAGGAAACACGAGCAGAAUCUACUGGUGAGGCUGGAGCCAAUCAGACAGCAGGAUCCCAGAGGCAGAGGGAGGAGAGGAGGGGGCAGGAUGGAGGUAUUGAUGAGGGAGGAGCUCAGCCCAGUGGGGCAGGAGGGGGAGGAGAUGAGACCCCAACAGCAGAUCCAGCCCUGGAGCUGCCCACUCCAGAGGAAGAGGAGGAACUUCAGGAACAGGGUGGAGACAGUGAUGGCUCAGCCCAGGAUAGUGUGGCAGGAGGGGGAGGAGAUGAAAACCCAACAUCAGGUCCAAACCUGGAGCUCACCAAGACCUCUGAGGCAGAGGAACAGGAAGCAGGAAGAGAGGAGAGGAAGGAGUCUCAGGACAGAGGGGUGAAGUCUCCCCCAAAAACACCCCCUACAUCAGCUUUACCCCCUAAACCCCCCAGAUCCUUUACAUUACAGGAAGGAGAUAAAAGGACUGCAGGAGCAGCUCCAUAGACUGAGAACAUGAGAGCAUUUAAAGCUAAACAGAACUCUGAACAAAACAUAAAACUGUAAGUGUUUAAGCCAUAUCACUAUCUCCCUCGGGGUUCUGUUUUGUGACGGCCGGAAGCGCGUCACGCCAACGAUGCGUCUCCGUUCUCUGGGCGGGAGUGGAGCCCCGGCACAGACUUCAUAUGUUAUCAUGUAGGAAAGACAAUAAAGAAUGCAAAAGAUCUCAAUGGUCAUUGCUAGUCGGAAUAUGUUCCGAAUAUUAUAUUUGUUCUGAUGAAAAAUUGCCACUUUUACUGUUCACUGAACUAGGUAGGGUGAUGAAUUCCAUCACAUUUACUAUCUGGCUGUAUUCCUAUUCGGACAGACAUAGUGACAUUGUUUUAGUUAACCAAAGUACAAUUUAGUUCAAAGUUCUAACAUUUUGUGUCGGCCAUUCCAACAAGCAGAAACUACUGCUAGGAGACCAAAGAAAUAGGCCGUUUGUUUGCGUUGUACUGGAAGCCCAUAGCUACUGUUAAAGUCAGGCCCAGUAAUGCAAUGCCUGUUUAUGCUAUGAUGAUGAUGUUGCAAGCUAAGCAAUGCAUGAAGCAAGAUUGGAAGAUAGCUAGCCUAUUGUAACUGUGCCAAGUCUCACCGACUGAUGCCAAACUUGGCAUUCGCUUCCAAAUACUGUAAAUGUAAUGAUGUUCAUUACAACCCGUCCAACCAUGUAUUCUGCCAUGAAGAUAGCCUACUGAUGCUGCAGUGCAUUUAGAUUCAUAGCAUCUCUAGCUACAGUCUUGAUAGAAUAACCAAAAUUUUAGCAGUUGUAUUAUUCCCACACCACUGUCUGUUCUCAGUAUUUAUGCCUUUUGGCCCCAUAAAGACCACAGACCUCAUCACUGCCUCUUCAUCUUUGUACAUCCAGCAGCAGAACACAACACUAUAUAACAUCAAUA